UUCACGCAUACACAAAACAAAAUGUCGACCACAAAACACAGCGAACUCAAUGAGAAUUUCCUCCGUCAACCGUCAAAGGUGGACGAUAUCAUAAAGUUCCUAGCCGAAAUGGCAAAGUCCAACAAAAUGGAAGGAACUAAGGAACCGGAGGUUAAAAAGGAGGUUGACAUCAGCGCGAGCGUUACAGAUUCCAGUUUCCUAGUAACACAAAGAUCUUCAAGCAGCGGGAAGAGAAGCAAGAGUACGAGCAAGAAGCCCAACUUAAGGGCAAAUAUGAAUCAAAUGACAUUCAUGCGUCAGAUCGAUUUAACCGACGAGGAACGUAUUAAAGCUCGAGAGGAACGUGUCCGUGUGGCAAACAAUUUCCGCAGACUGGGAAAUGCGGAGUAUCGCAGGACAAACUUUGACAGUGCUAUUGAAUAUUAUACGAAGGGCUUAAAUUAUAUUAACGAUUCGCCAGUUCUUUUUGUCAAUCGCAGUCUGUGCUACAUCAAGAAACGUGAAUAUAAACGUGCCUUAAUUGAUCUGAAUCAUGUACUCAAUAAUCUGGACAGCUGUUGUCUGCGGGCAUGGCUCUAUAAGGCGGGAACUCUAAAGCGAAUGAACAACGAUGCCGGAUACGAAGAAUGCGUUGAUAAUGCGCGUAGAUAUAAUAGACGCCAUUUGGAUUAUGUUGAGUAUUUUCUAGAUAAAAUGCGAUCUGAUUUCUAAAACUACAUUCGAAUUCCACAUCAAUAAAUUGCACUUUUUCAUUCUUCCGGUUCCUACGAAUCUUCUUAA